AUGAUUCUCUAUAUUGAAAAAGAAAUUUUAUUAGAUACUCAUUGUCAAGAUCUAUAUUUAUGUGAUACUGGAGUAAAUAAUGAAUAUUUAGUAACUUCACCUAUUGAUCAAUGUUCUUGUAAAAAACAACAAGCAAUACUGUGUAAAUAUGAUCAUGAUCUAUGUCAAAAUCGUUGUUUAUCAGAACAAAAAUUGUAUAUAAAACAAAAUAAUGAAUCCAAUGAAAUACUAAUUAAUAAUCAUUCAACAAAUGUUAUUUUACUCGAAAAAAAUGAAUUAGAAUAUAAUUCUGAAAUUGUUUAUAUAUGUGAUAGAAAUAAUCUACCAAAACCAAUACUUGAACAUUUAAAUAAUAAAUUAACUUAUACUAAAAAUAAUUCAACAACUGAUGUAUUAAUUUCUCAAACAGCAAUUUGUGAUUUUCUAUUGAAACAUAGUAUGUUAGUUCAAAAUGCUUAUGGAAUGUAUUUAAAAUUUCAACAAGCAAGACAUAAUCCAUUUCAAUUGAGACGUCAUGCUAAUAUAGGUUAUUUAUUAGCAAAUAUUUUUGUUGGAAUUCUCUGUUCAUUUAUUCUCUUUGGAAAUUUUGAUUUAAAUCGUUUAAUUUCAAAUGAAAUUUUAAUACAAACUCAAAAUUUAACAACAUGGAUUAAAUCAAUCAUUGAAUGGCUUAUGCAUGCACCAGUUGGUUUGAAAUUAAAUCAACCAUUAGUUGAUUUUCUAGCGAGAUUUUAUUUCUAUCAUAUUUAUCUUUGGUCGGGAUAUCUCGAAGCUUUAGUUAUUACUGUAUUACCAUAUUUAUAUCAAUUAAUGUUUAUUCUAUGCUUUUUUGGAAUAUCAUUAGUUAUUGGAGCAAUAUGUGAUUUUAUACGUUUAUUAACAAUACAUCUUUAUUGUUUUUAUAUUUAUGCUGCAAGAUUAUUUAAUUGGCAAAUUCGUUUAUUAAUAAAUCUUUUUCGUUUAUUUUGUGGAAAAAAACAAAAUCCAUUAAGAAAUUAUCGACUUGAUUCACAUCUAUGUGAUAUUGAUCAAUUAUUUAUUGUAACAUUAUCAUUUACAAUUCUUCUCUUUUUAUUACCAUCAAUAUUUAUGUAUUAUGCAGUUUUUACUUCAAUUUGGACAGUUACAGUAUUGACUGUUAAAAUCAUUCAAUAUAUCGGGCAAUUUCUUUUACAGAUACCUGUUUAUGAAUUUUAUUUAUGGCUUAUGGGAUCAAGAAUUAUACGCGGUACACCAAGAUUAUCCAUCAAUUAUGGUUAUUCAACUGAUAAUACUGUUUGUUUUAAUUUUCAUUUUGAUCCUGUAUCAUUUUUUACAUUAUAUCAUGUUUGUAAUAUUCAUUCAUCAUUAUCAUUGAUAUCAUUUAGUAAACUUUUUCUUACUAUUCUUAAAGGACAACCAAUGGUUUAA